AUGGUGGGUGUUAUUGACAACGAAUCCUCGACGGUCAACCCGCCGCAAAGACUUCUCGCAACUGUGGUUGACUCUCUUGCCAUUGAAUGCCCUAUGCGACGAUUUUGCUUGAUCCCCAAUGGUACAGAGGUCUACCAAGGAUUCCGCGAAGUGGCUUUCAAGGACCUAUGUCGCGCCAUCUUCUUUCCUUCGACUCGGCUAUCCAAUGAAGCAUACGAUUCUGUGUUCGGAGCGACGGGAUCCAAAAUGCUGUUAUUCAGCCCGGAGAAGCAUCAGCUCGUCUCGGGUUUAACCGGGCCAAACAAGUCGAUCAGCUCCCUGGAAGUACCAAGUAUCACUGAAAUGCUGAAUGACAAUUCGAAUGUGAAGGAAUACGAUUUCACUUCGACGUACGAGGAGAUGGAAGACAAAACCGCAUUCAUAAUCCACAGCUCCGGAACAACAGGUAUGCCCAAACCUGUGUCUCUUACCCAUGGCUUCCUCGCCACUAUCGACUACGGCCCGUUCAUGCCUCGACCCUCUGGCCGCUCACCGACCGUUUUCCAAGACCUGCUCUCGACCGAUCCCCAUCCAAGCGAUCUCGUUCUGUCAAUUACACCAUACUUCCAUCUGAUGGGUCUUGCGUCGUUUUUUGAAUCGAUAUUUCACAACAUCCCCUUCGUGGCAACCCCGGACCAGCCGUUGUCUGUCAACCUGCUGAUAGAUGUCAUCCGUGCAACACAUCCUACUACUACCGUCCUACCGCCAUCGAUCCUCGAAGACAUGAGCCGGUCCCAGGAGGCUCUGGAAUGCCUCGGCACCUUAAAGUUCGUUUGCUAUGGAGGCGCUCCGCUGGCGAAGGAGGUCGGAGACAAACUAAGCCAGUACACCCAGUUGAGAAACCCAAUCGGAUCCACCGAGAUGGGCAUUAUCAGCUCCCUUGUCCCGGAGGGAAAGGAAAACUGGGGAUUCUUCGAAUGGAAUCCGGCAUAUGGGAUCGAUAUGCAGCCUGUCGGGGAUGGUUUAUACGAGCUAGUGAUCCCUCGUGUGAAAGAUUCUCGCCUGAUGCAUGGGGUUUUCCAUACAUUUCCGACUCUGAAAGAGUACAGAUCCAAAGAUCUUUAUGUGCAGCAUCCGGAAAUCCCGAAGUUGUGGAAGUACACUGGCCGCUUGGACGAUGUGAUCGUGCUCAGUAACGGAGAGAAGCUGAAUCCCGUGUCAUUCGAGAAGGUUGUAGAAGGUCAUCCCUCUGUUCAUCGCGCUCUGGUCGUUGGACAGGGCCGAUUCCAGACGUGCCUGCUGAUCGAACCCGCGAUUGAUGACCAUGUAGGGAAUAUUAAUGAACAGAACUUCGUGGAUAUGAUCUGGCCUUUGGUGCAAACUGCUAACGAGACCGUUCCCCGAUACGGGCAGGUCUUGAAGAAUAUGAUUCGGCUUGCAUCCCCCGGAAAGCCAUUCAAACUGACGCCGAAGGGCACUACCCAGCGACAUGCCGUCAAUGCGGACUACGCAGAGGAGAUUGACGCAAUGUAUGCCGCGCAGGACAAACAGMUGGGGGCUGAGCUGCCGUCGAUUAUCGACUUUGAGAACGUACAUCGCUAUUUGCAUGAAGUCAUUACCUCCCUCACUGGGCGAUCUGAUAUAAAGCCUAGCGAUGAUCUUUUCGGCUUAGGGCUCGACUCACUGCAGGCGAUUCAGCUUAGCAACCUCUUGCGAAGCGCAGUCUCGUCUUACAACCCUGGGCUGAGUACGGAAAGCAUUACUGUACAGAACGUUUAUGCUCGACCCACCACGGAUAAGCUCGCUGGUCUGCUUUUAGACGUCCUUCAGGAGCAAACAGCGACAGCCCCGAUGGAACUACGCUCUGAAAGAAUCGCCGGCCUAGUGUCCAAGUACACGGAUGAUCUCCCAAUUCGAUCCUUCAACUCCUCCGCGCAACUGCCUCAGCUUUCGACAGUUAUACUCACCGGAUCCACCGGGUCCUUGGGCAGUUACAUUCUUUCCGGCCUAUUGAACGAUCCUAAAGUCGCAAAGGUAUACUGUUUCAAUCGAGCCGCUGAUGCAGCCACUCGCCAACAUCAAGGGUUUGCCGAAAAGGGACUGGACGGCUCGCUCUUGGAAGACCCCAGUAAGGUCGAGUUCCUACACGUGUCCUUCGGAGACAAGCACUUUGGCCUUGGUGACACCAUAUACAGCAAACUGCUGGAUACAGUUGACCUGAUCAUCCACAAUGCGUGGAAAGUCAACUUCAAUCACCCUGUCUCGUCGUUCGAAGACCCUCAUAUCAAGGGGGUGCGCGAAUUCGCCAAUUUCAGCCUGGAGAGCCGCUACAAUGCCCACCUUGCCUUUGUCUCGUCAGUGGGCACAAUUGCGGCAUGGACGCCCUCUUCAGAUGAGUCAGCUGUCCCUGAAUCGCCAAUGGAGACUGUGGACGCCGUGCUGAAGCAAGGAUACGGCGAAUCAAAGCAUGUAGGGGAGAGGAUUUGUUUGGAGGCGUCACGGAGAUCAGGGGUGCCGACCAGCAUCCUACGGGUGGGACAGAUCGCGGGACCGGAGAGUCGGUUGGGGCUGUGGAAUCCACACGAGUGGCUGCCCUCCCUCGUAAAGACGUCUAAGAGUAUGGGAAAAGUACCGGAUGCGCUGGGUAGUUUCCUCGUGGACUGGAUUGCUGUGGACACUCUGGCCAAGAUCACAACUGAAAUCCUAUUGAGCCGUCGGGCAUCAUUAUCCACGCAACUUCAUGCCGUUUUUCAUUUGACAAACCCAUCACGGAUUCCCUGGGCCUCCCUGAUACCUGCAAUUCAGGAAAAAUAUCAUGUGAGCGUGGUGUCCCUCACGGAAUGGGUCGAUGAGCUGGAACACAUCCGGAAUCCUUCUACCCAGGACCUUGCCGAGAAACCGGCUCUGAAGCUCCUAUCUUUCUAUCAGGCAUUAGCUCGCAGUGCGGGUGUGCGAAAUGCUGAGAUCAGCGUGGAGAAUUCUAAGAAAGCCAGCAGAGCCAUGGCAUCCCUCGGGCCGGUCUCACUCGCCCAAAUGUCCAACUGGCUAAAUCAGUGGGAUUUUUGA